GUCCCUCACUCGCCUUCUUGAUCAGUCAAACAGCCUUCUGUGCUGCCUUUGCGAAACUGCUCCUCCUGGCCGGCUCCUACACCGACCUUUAUUUUCCCCUAGAGAGUAGCCUGGUCCGCCAGCGUUCUACAUGCCUAAGUUUCCGUUCGGCAGGCGGAAGUCGACCGCUGAUAACCUGGAAAAUGCCACGGUAACGGGUCCGUCUUUCCGCGUCCUAGAACGCAACGAAGUUGUUGGGUCGAAGCCAUUCGACGGCGGCGUCAGACAUGCGGCAGCGACCCAUGCCUUCCACAAGACGACGGGGUCGGAUCUAACGGUCGAAGACAACAUAUUUGCUGACCUCAAGUCGAACCGUGGGAGUGGCUCUUCGAAUACAACCAAGACGACCCUGACCGACAACUCGUCUCGCCACAGCAAUGCCUCGACAGCCCCAUCCUCUGCCGAUACUGGAGGUUCGGACGAAUGGCGUAGCGGGCAGAGGAAGCUGCCAGUGGACAUUCCGGUGCCUCCAAUCCCCAAAUCCUCCUCAGGCGGCUUCCUGAAAGCUGCUGGGCGCACGUUUUCAUUUGGUGGGCAAAAGAAGCAACUACCUCCUCCACCAACCAUCCACGAGUCUCCACCGUCGAGUCCCAUUGCCGCCGGGAUGCAAACGCCUGCCCAGGUGCGGCCCAGAGCGACUACCUCCUCGACCUCCACUACGGUGACGCCUCCGAGAGUUGAGGACGACUUCGACUUGGAUCUGGGCGGGGAUUUUGGCAAGAUGUGCCUGGGGAACGACAAGCGAGCCAGUGUGGCGACGGUGAGAAACAACCAGCCGUAUAGCGCCCAGAUGCCGGCACCACGGUCUCUCACAGGGGCCCGGCCGAUUCAGCCGAGCCCGAUCCAUAUUGACAAGACCACCACGGUUGAACCUCCUGCGCACUCAUGGAGCAGCCAGCAUUCUAACGACCAGCUGAUUGGCCCGUCUAGCCCCUCUCUUUCGCCUACUGUCAAAAAUAACGCCGCACCUCUGAUUGCUCGCCACUCGUCGCCUCUCUUGGACAGGCAAAGAUCAGAGAUUUCGCCAGAAGUAGGACCAAGCAGGCCACUGCUUGCCUCGCAAAGGUCCAACUCCGUGGAGGAUGUCGAGGAUGAGGAAGCGAGGCUGCUGAAAGAUUCAUUGUCUACCGUCACCAGAUUCAUACACGGGGCAGACACCUCAAGUUCAUCGUCUGCUGGUAGAUACCGCAGGGACGAGAGCAGCCUGGAAGGAGACAGCGAUAGUCUCUUCGAUUCCAGCCCCGCCUAUUCUUCCAAGUACGGUAGCCGAUAUCCCCCCCGGAAAGCGCAAACCAACACGCCAGGAAGCAACAAGGUUAUGACCCCCGAGGAGUUUGAAAAGUAUCGCCAAGAUAAGGAGCGUCAGGACAGGGAGCGCCGAAUUAUUGGCGCACCUGGUGCCAAGACCGGUGCGGACGAGGACGAAGAGGACAAUUACGAGGACGACGAGGAUGACGCGGAGAAGGCGAAGCAGCAGGCGAAACAGAGGCGAAAGCAAGAGGCCCACAUGGCCGUGUACCGACAACAGAUGAUGAAGAUCACUGGAGAGUCAGCCGGAAGCGCCCCGUCUUUCAGACCGAGUCUGCAAAUGUCGUUUAGCACCCCCAAUUUACCCAACGGAGGUGCCUCGUCGGGCGGGGCUGACACGGCCGAGGACCCGGAGGAAGAUGAGGAAACUCCCUUGGCCUAUCUUGCCGCGGCCGGUUUUCCGAACAAGAAUCGGCCGCCUAACCGCUUGAGCACCAUGGGUUCAAACCCGAACCUGCGGGCUGCGAUGCAGCCGAGCUAUCAGCGGCCCGUGUCGGUGGUGGGAGAUGGGGCGGGAGCAGGAAACCCUCGUCUGCCCGCAUUCGCGAGAAACCUUCCCACGGACCCCUUUUUAGGUGCCGGUCUCGUCCGCAACCCCGUUCGGGAGAGCUUCGCCCUCGGCGGGGGCAGCCCUGCCCCCGGACAACCUGGUACACCCGUACCUCCCGGAGGUCUCAUCGGCGUCAUCGCCAACGAAGAGCGUGCGCGCGCGAUGAGGAGAGGCAGUCCGCACCUGCCCGACGGGCCCAGCUUAAUACCUGGAGCAGCCGGUUUUGACCCCGUCGCCGGCAUUCCGUCUCACUUGAUGUACCAAGCCAGACCCAGCCCGGCGAUGCUCUCGCCUGGCGACCAGGCGCAGAUCCAGAUGACGCACCAGAUGCAGCAGUUCAUGCAGAUGCAAAUGCAGUUCAUGCAAAUGAUGUCGGGCCAGAACGGCAAUCCUCCAGCUAUUGCUGGUGGGCUUCUGACAUCGCCCUCGGCCGGGAACCUGAGCACCACGGGCGGGCUGACCCCCAGUCUGAGUGGCCCUGAGAUGCGUCAUUCAUUCGUCGGCAACGGUUCGAUGCUCGAUUCGCCGUUUGGACGGGGUGAGUCGCAGAUGCGCACCAUGAGCAUGGUCCAACCUAGUUCGGCGUCUUGGAUCCAGCCGACACAGCCUGCUUCGUUUGCGCCUUCGAUCCGCAUGCAGGGCGGGGUUUACGCACCUUCCAUCGCCCCAUCCGAGCGCAGCAACAUCGGUCUUCCGGGUCGAUACCGUCCAGUGUCGCAUGUUCCGCCGGCGCCACCCGCGACGACGAGCAACCUUCGCAAGUCUUCCACCAUGUCUGGAGCAAUUCAGAUAUCAGUAACCAAGGCCGGUAACGCUUCGGAUGACGACGACGAAGGAGGAUGGGAGGCCAUGAAGGCGAAACGGGAAAAGAAAAAGUCGAUGUGGAGGUCCAAGAAGUCUGGGUCCGUCGGCGAUGACAUCGGCGCCAUGAUCAACUAAGGUAAUGUCGAUGAACGCUUGUUGAUAUCGAGUUGGGGAAUAGGUGGAAACGAAUGGACUCUAGGAGACUCGGAUGGUAUUAUUAUUCCUUGGGUACAUGGAGGCGAGGCGCUCGCGUUUGUAUAGUCCCCCAUUCCGCUCUUCGCGUGUCUUGUGCCGCAUGAGGGCGACGGGUUGGGCAGUGCAAAAUUGGAGCU